AUGGGGUUAUCAACACUGGACCUACUCGCUCGCACGUCGCUCGAUGGAGUCACUGCAUGGCAAGACCAAGCCGUCCCGACGAAGGUUCGACGAGAGAUGCAUCAACUUGCCAAGUCUGAGAUGGCGGAGUCACUGCGAACACAACAUGCGGACAGGCCGCGCGUGCAUGAUAUGAACACGCUCGGACUUCCGAAGGACCCGCCGCCGCUCGGUGCAACGAAGAGACCCAAUUUCGUUCAUGGCACGCCAGUACAGCGACGAUUAAUUGCAGGGAAGCUCAUUCGCACCACCGACCUGGAGGAGUGCAUGCUCAACUCUUCCGCUUCAGCCCCCGAACUCUCGCGCGCGAUUGCUCGACAGAUCAAAGCACUGAAAGACCACCCAGAGAAUGAACAGGACGCUUUGGAUCUGGCCAUGAACUCUGCUGUGAAAGCUUCAAGCAGGGUACAACAGAAACCACAUCAACCCGUACCAAAGCGCGAAGUGGACCCGGCCGAGCAGGAGCGUAGAGCUCUACGACAACAGGAAAACCAACUGCAGACGAAACUUCUCCACGUCACGCAGAAACUAACUCGGAAGUACGCGAAGCAACUCAAUCCUCGAGCUAAAGGGCCGGCAACUACCUGCAAGAUCCACUCUCUAGCUCAGAAGUGGGAAGAGCAGCACCAAGACCCUGAAGAUUCAACCUCCGCGUCGGCUGCAGUUGAUAACGAACGGUACAAUCUGUACGCCGCUGGUCGAUUUUCGACGCAGACAGAGGUCGACUAUUAUGCUCGAAAGAUUGAGCCCCGCGAACCGGCCACAGAUAAACACCGGCGCCAUACCAUGCACACCAAGUACGGCAACGCUCUAGCGAAGAACAAAUGUAGUCUUCGAGGACCGUUCUGA